AUGGAUAGAAUACAUAAACUCGAGCGAGACGUCCUCGGCCGACAAAAGUAUAUGAAUGCGGUGAUAGAAGAAGGAAACUCUCCUAUACAACAAUUCUUCUCUGGCGCUACCAUCUUUAUUACUGGAGGAGGUGGUUUCCUUGGCAAGCAGUUUAUAGAGAAGCUACUCAGAGCAUGUAAAAUAAAGAAAAUAUAUGUAUUAUUGAGGCCGAAGAAAGGUAAAUCAAUACAAGAGAGGCUGCAGUUUAUGUUGAAGGAUCCUGUUUACGAUAUGGUACGCAGAACACAAUCGAAUUUCGCAGACAUAUUGGAAGCUAUAGAAGGAGACAUUUUAGAGCUGAAUCUCGGACUUAGUGAUAAAGACUACGCCAGAAUUACUGACGAGGUCGAUUUCGUUGUUCACAUGGCAGCUACAAUUCGGUUCGAUGGACCAUUACGGAAUGCCACAUUGACCAACGUUCGAGGGGUCAGAGAAUGUGUGUCGCUGGUCAAAAUGUGUAAAAACCUCAAGUGUUUCACAUAUGUGUCAACAGCUUUCACUCAUGCAACUCGAGAUCGCAUCGGAACAGAGUUGAAGGAACAAUUUUAUCCGUGUCCUGUACCCCCUGAUCAGAUAAUCGAGUUGGCUGAAAAUGAAUCUAAGACGGUGGAAGACAUAACAGAGGAGUAA